AAAGAGUUGAAACAUAAAAAAAAAUAUUGAUAAUAAAAUAAAACAAUGGUAAGCCCUAGGGCCUAUUUCUUAAAAUGUAAAGAUUUAGUGAGGUAUUUUAUACCGUAUGUUUAGUUACACUUUGUUGGAAAGUAUAUACCUCGGGCAGACGUGAACGUGAAAUUUAACUUUCAAGGGAUAUAAACCACGUAUGUUACUCGAGUAAUUGAACUUUGGAAUUUUUGUGAGUGAACUGGUAAAAUCUAGGAACUGAAAAACUAAUGUCGUGGGGAUAUGGUGGAUAUCCAGCUCAACAGGGCACAGCAGCAUGGGGUACACCUUCAUCAGGACCCCCUGGUGUUCCACCUGACUUGUGGGAAUGGUUUAAUGCUGUAGACCAAGAUAGAAGUGGUCAUAUCUCUUCUUUAGAACUCCAACGAGCCCUUUUAAAUGGUGACUGGUCACCAUUUAAUGAGGAAACCUGUCGCCUGAUGGUAGGAAUGUUUGAUCGAGAUCGUACUAAUACUAUCGAUAUCCAUGAAUUUGUGUCAUUAUGGAACUGUAUUCAGCAAUGGAAACAGUGCUUUGAGAGAUUUGACAGAAAUAGAUCAGGGAGUAUAGAUGCACUGGAGUUUCACGAAGCACUUACUACAUUUGGCUACAGACUUUCAAUGAAUUUUUCGAACCUGGUGGUAUCCAAGUUAAACCGUAAUGGCGGAAGAAUAAUACACUUCGAUGAUUUCAUCAAGAUUUGUGUCAUGCUGAAAUCUCUUUCCGACCAAUUUCGAGCCAAAGACACUAAUCAGGCAGGCGUGGUAAACUUGCAGUAUGAAGAGUUUUUACAUAUGGUGGUAGAUUGCACUUUCAGAUAAGACGACACCUGGUUUUCUUAAAGUUUGUCACACCGCCUACACGUGUAAUGACUUUUAAGAAUAAUUGUUCUAUUGUGUUCUGUAUUAAAAGUGUGAUUUGUUUCGUGAAUUCUAAUAUAUAAUAACCGAUGUUGUUCGCUUAUAGAUCUGAGACGUUCUAAGUAAAACCUAAAAAGCUGUUGUUCAUUUACAUAUUUGCUGAGCUUUUUUUUUUGUCAAAUAUGUGUGGUUUUAGAUGUUCAGUGUAUUACGAAUGUGUUGAGUAUGAAGGCUUAUAGUUUCGUAGUUUUAUCGAAUUAUUUGCCAUUUAAUUCUAGCUUUUGUUUUACCUGUAGAAGAAUAGAUUUCACCAAUUUCUUUAAGGUUUUCAAUGUAUGUAUAUAAAGUCAGUUCAAGAAUAUAUUCCGAGUAAGUCGGGUCGAUAGUGGCACUCUCUGGUGGUCACUUAUACUACAAAAUGGGUAAUUAACGGAAGUUACGUUUGUUCACAUUUUUUUCUUGAAACGAAAUCAAAGUUAAGAAAAAAAAAUUAUAAAGUGGGUGAAAGCAGAACGUAGUGAAAAAUUAUAUGUAAAAGAAGUCUUUUUGAACGAUUUAAAGUACAUGUUUAGGUAUGUAUUGGACAAAUGAAUCGUAAAACUUCGAUUGGAAGGAACAGCAUUGCAAGUUUUGACUUUAAGUGAUAGACGUUUUGGUAUUGUCUAAUGAUAAUUUUAAAACUUUGUAAUUGUUACGUAGUAUUCAUCGUUAAGACGGA